CGGGUGACACAGAGAGACCUGGGACAGGGAAGGAGUGAGGGGACAAGACCCAAACGCCAGGCCGGGCAGUGGGCACUGUAAUACAAUGAGGGUGGUGGGGAAGCGACCAAGUGGGCUUGUCAGGGAGAACUUGGAGCUGUGGGAAGGGCAGAAUUCUGCGGGACCGGAAUUCCGCACCCGCUUCUGGGGGGCAUCCCUGUACCCCACCUCUGGCUCUCCUCGCUGAGGCUGGGUCAGAGGGACUCCGAGGGUGGGACUAUCAGUCUUUAUUGUUUCUGAGACGGGGAUGUGUCCGGAGGGUCUCUUUGUAGCUCAGGCCGGCCUCGAACACACAGAGAUCCUCAUGCCUCUGCCUCCUGAGUGCAGGUAUUAAAGGCCUGUGCCACCGUGCCCUGCUAAGAGCCUGUAGACAAAUGAGGCCGCAUCUUGAUGUAAGGGAGAGAGACAGGAGUUAUCUAAAGUCAGGGGUCAGGGAUGACGUCACUGGGGUCAUGUGAACCACCACCUGAUGGAGGCCAAGGAGAGCGGUGCCUUCUGGAACAGCAGGCUGGGAAGCAGGCUCAGCACGUGCUGAGGCCCUGGGAUCUUCGACCCCCCAGAGGAGCUGGAGCGCAAAGUGUGGGAGCUGGCUCGGCUGAUGUGGCAGUCCUCCAGCGUGGUCUUCCACACAGGCGCCGGCAUCAGCACCGCCUCUGGCAUCCCCGACUUCAGGGGUCCCCAUGGCGUGUGGACCAUGGAGGAGCGUGGCCUGGCGCCCAAGUUUGACACCACCUUCGAGAGUGCGCGGCCCUCGAAGACCCACAUGGCCCUGGUGCAGCUGGAACGCGUGGGCUUCCUCAGCUUCCUGGUCAGCCAGAACGUGGAUGGGCUGCACGUGCGCUCUGGCUUCCCCAGGGACAAGCUGGCGGAGCUUCAUGGAAACAUGUUUGUAGAGGAGUGUCCCAAGUGUAAGACGCAGUACGUGAGGGACACAGUUGUGGGCACCAUGGGCCUCAAGGCCACAGGCCGGCUCUGCACCGUGGCCAAGGCGAGGGGCCUUCGGGCCUGUAGGGGGGAGCUGAGGGACACCAUUCUGGACUGGGAGGACUCACUGCCCGACCGCGACCUGACGCUCGCUGACGAGGCCAGCAGGGCCGCAGACCUGUCCGUCACCCUGGGCACCUCGCUGCAGAUCCGCCCCAGCGGGAACCUGCCCCUCGCCACCAAGCGCCGCGGGGGCCGUCUGGUCAUUGUCAACCUGCAGCCCACGAAACACGACCGCCAGGCCGACCUGCGCAUCCACGGCUACGUGGACGAGGUGAUGAGCAGGCUCAUGAAACACCUGGGGCUAGAGAUCCCCGCCUGGAGCGGGCCCUGCGUGCUGCACAAAGCCCUGCCGCCCCUGCCGCGCCCGGCGGCGCCCGAGCCCCCCGCACACCUCAACGGCUCCUACAAGCCCGACCCCGACAGCCCCGGACCCCACAAGCCGCCCAAAAGAGUGAAGACGGAGGUCGCCCCCAGCUGACCCGGGCGUGGGGGCGGGAGGUGCGUGGAUGAUCACACGUGUAGACGGUUUUAAGUUUAUAACCUGGGGACCUGGGCCCCGGGCUUGCACGGGCCAUGCCCCGGCCUUUUUCAGAUUUUUCUUUGAGACCAGGGCUCCCGAGGUUGCUCCGGCUGGCCUCAAACUCACGACUGUAGCCCAGGCUAGUCUAGAGCCGUGCCUGCCUCAGCCUCCACAGCAGACGGGACGGCAGGUGGCACCACCAUGUCCUGCACAACGCCUUCCUUCCCAGUCUCACUGUGCCCAUGUCCAGGUUUCUCGGGGCACGGGGAGUCCCACACUUGGAAGAGGCCGUGUCCCAGGAUCCACGUGCCUCUCCAUGAGCCACACCCCGCUGUGACUCAGGAUGUGCCGGGAGCGGCAGCCACACACUCCGCACCCCCCUUUUCUCCCCUCCCACCCGCCCCUCACCCUGACCCCACCUGGACACAGAGCCGCCAGGGACCCAUCUAUGCAUAGAGAGACAAGGGCCCUGGGUUUCUGAGAGCACCCUUGCAAUAAAUA